AUGACAGAUCAAGAGUAUGUCCUUUGCAUGUGGAAGGAGCGUUUGUGGCCAGCAAAGGUUUUGUGCAAAACUGGAGUUGCUGGGGAAGCAUCUGUUAAUGCGAAGGAGACUGCUUUUACAGUUGAAAUACUUGGCUUGCAAAAGCGGAUCAGAGUGGACUGUGCAGAUGCUGUACCGCUGAAGGAGGAACAGAUAGAAAGCAUCGCCUCUACCCUAGAUCAAAGGAAUAAUUCGAGUGAGGUUGUGGAAGAACUGAACUAUCGCCGUUCUCUGAAAAUUGCCCUGGAUGUUUUUACUCAAAAUGUCUCACCCAGAGAAGUCCCACCUUCAGAAGGACCAGCUACUCUGUUAUCCCAGGAGAACAACGCAGGGUCUCUCUCGUCGACCCCCUUAUGUAGUCGUGAAUUGAGCUUGGAGCCUGAGCCUUCCAGGAAGAAAAGCAAACAGAAAAAUCACACCAGCCUGAAGACUGAUACAAAAAAACAAAAACGGAAGGGUUCUGCUGUUUUGGAGGAGACUGUUGAAGCCAGUGAAAAUGGAACGAGCCCUUCCAAGCGUCGUACUGGGGACUUGCGUGGUACGUCAAACUCGGAUAGUCAAAACUGCAAGAAACCAGAAUCAAAAUCACUACCAAGAGAGAAAAAAAUCAAUCCCGGAUUGCUAACAAAGUCCAAACCAGGACAUAAAGUUUCCCUUAAGCCCAAGGAGGGAAAAAGUAACCAAGGAAGGAGGAGACCAAGAGGUGCAGGCUUACCUGUGUCGUGCGGGAAUGAUCUCCCCAAGGAUCAAGCGCAGCCCCUUGCUGGGGAAGGGUCUCCUCUGCCUGUCCCCUGCCAGCCUGGCACGGCGGCGCCGGUCACAAGGACAAACACCCAAAGUCAACCUACAAGGACAUUACUGGGUUCCUCUUGUAAAAGUGCCUCAGGUGACUUGGAAAAAAGCAUCAGCAGUAAGAGUGAAAGCCUAGACAAGCAAUUAGAUAGAAGAGAAAAGGCAGUGAGUUUAGAAUGGAUGAAUGGAGAGCAAGAGAUCGGUGCAGCUCUGGCCUUGAAAAGGAAAAAGAAAUGCAGGAGUCGGCCCAAGUCUUUGUCUGAGCCUUCUAACCACGGGAUGCUUUCCAAUAGCUUCCCCUCUCAGCGUAAAGAGGAGGAAAAUGAGAACACUUCACACGUGGUUAGAAAUAAAGUAAAGCAGUUUCAGCUGCCUGACUUUGAGGAGGAUGAAGGACUGGAAUCCUCUGACCUGUCUUCAAAGAUAGUUUUCACCGAGAGUCUCUCUCGCCUCUCGGCUCUGGUUGAUGAGGAGGAGGAGGAUGAAGAACUGCCGAGUAUUCUAUCAUGUCAAGAACCACAAGCAAUUGAAGAAGGGAUUUUGGUGUGGUGCAAAUUGCGAAGAUACCCGUAUUGGCCAGCAGUGGUAAAAAAUGUGAAGCGGAAACACAGAAAGGCGUGUGUGCUGUUUAUAGAAGGGAACACACAUGACAAGAAAAAAGGUUUCUCAGUACCUCUGAGGAACCUGAAGCACUUUGAUUGUGAAGAAAAGCAGGACCUCAUAGAACGAGCCAAAGAAGAAUAUCGCCAAGAAAUUGAGUGGUGUAUUCGACUGAUUUCUGACUAUCGAAUUAGAGUAGGUUGUCAUUCGUUUACGGGGUCCUUCCUGGAAUAUUUUGCUGCUGAUAUCAGCUCCCCCGUCAGAAAGGAAGGUUGUCACGGUUUAGUCCAGAUGACCUUUCCGAAUGCAGUGGAGGAAGAUCUCGAAGAGUCUGCGUCAGAAGCUUCACCUCAGAAGCCCUGCAAGAAACUUCUUCCUGACAGAGCCAGAGCUGCCAGAGACAAAGCGAAUAAGAAGAUAGUGGAGUUCAUAGUGAAGAUGAAGGGGGCCGAGGAGCAUCUUUUGUCUAUUUUGAAAAGCAGGAAAGAAUCCCGCUGGCUGAAGGAAUUCCUGAACUCAAGUCAGUACGUGACCUGCAUUGAGACGUACUUAGAGGACGAAGAACAAUUAGACCUUGUAGUAAACUACUUGAAGGAAGUGUACCGUGAGAUAGACACUAAAAACCUGCAUCAAAUAACUGGAGAUGGAAUCAAAUUUAUUUCAGAUGUCCUUUUGCCUGAAGCCAUCAUUUAUGCGAUUGCUGCUGUGGAUGACAUAGACUACAAGAAGGCAGAAGAGAAGUACAUAAAAGGACCAUGUGUGAGCAAAAGGGAGAGAGAAAUAUUUGAUGAAGAAAUCAUAGAACGAAAAAAGUUGAAGACCAAACCAGCAUCUGCAGACUGCGAUUGA